UCAAUUUUCACUUUGAUCACAUACAAAAAAAAACCAAUUCCUUUCUGAUUUAAAGCUUUUUAAAAAGGAUACUAUUCAUAAUGAACGGAGCAUCGUGGGCUGACCAGUGGGACAACAGCAGCACCGCCGUCGUCAGAAGCGGUGGAGGAGGUGGAAGUCCGUCGAACUCAAACACGGCUAAGUACAAGGAGAAAUUUGGACAUGGACUAGACAAGACAAAAGCUGUGGCUUCUUCGGGUUUUAAAAAGCUCAAGACUGGUUCUGCCGUUGGUUUUCGUUGGGUCAAGGACAAGUAUCACAAAACCACAAACAAACAUUGAACAUUUUAAUUCUCCUUGUAAAUUUUGAAACUAUUCAUUUGGCUUUUUUGUAUUCAUGUUAUUAAAUUUAAUUUUUUUUUGUUCUUGUAAAUUUGAAUUGCUCACCUUUUAAUUCAUUUUAUAAUCGUGCAAAUAUACCAUAGUAAACGACUUAGUGUUUGAAUCAUUUUUAAACAUAUUUGUGAUUUGGAGAGUUUGAGAAACACCUUGAAAAUAUCAUAAAAUCAAGUGUGUUUUCUUGUUUGUUUUAAAUAUACCGUUAAUUUUAGUAAAAG